CUCGAGGUUCGGCCACGGCGGACGGGCGGGCGGACAGGCCGGCGGACCGCGCGGGGAGCCGGUGUCGCGGUCGGGCGGGCCGGCCAUGGAGGCGGACGGGGCCGGCGAGCAGAUGAGACCGCUACUCACCCGGGGUCCUGAUGAAGAAGCUGUUGUGGAUCUUGGCAAAACAAGCUCAAAUGUGAAUACCAAGUUUGAAAAAGAAGAACUAGAAAGUCAUCGAGCUGUGUACAUUGGUGUUCAUGUACCCUUUAGUAAAGAGAGUCGUCGGCGCCACAGGCAUCGGGGACAUAGGCAUCAUCACCGGAAAAGAAAAGAUAAAGAAUCAGAUAGAGAAGAUGGGCGAGAAUCUCCUUCUUAUGACACACCAUCCCAGAGAGUUCAGUUUAUUCUUGGUACUGAGGAUGACGACGAGGAACACAUUCCCCAUGAUCUAUUCACGGAAAUGGAUGAAUUGUGUUACAGAGAUGGAGAAGAAUAUGAAUGGAAAGAAACUGCCAGAUGGCUGAAGUUUGAAGAGGAUGUAGAAGAUGGUGGUGACCGGUGGAGUAAACCUUAUGUGGCAACUCUUUCUUUGCACAGUCUUUUUGAACUACGGAGUUGCAUCCUAAAUGGCACAGUCAUGCUGGACAUGAGAGCGAGCACUCUAGAUGAAAUAGCAGAUAUGGUAUUGGACAACAUGAUAGCCUCUGGCCAGUUAGAUGAGACCAUAAGAGAGAAUGUUAGAGAAGCUCUCCUGAAGAGACAUCACCACCAAAACGAGAAAAGAUUCACCAGUCGAAUUCCUCUUGUUCGAUCUUUUGCAGAUAUAGGCAAGAAACAUUCUGACCCUCACUUGCUUGAAAGGAAUGGUAUUUUAGCAUCUCCACAGUCUGCUCCUGGAAACUUGGACAAUAGUAAAACUGGAGAGAUGAAAGGUAAUGGAAGUGGCGGAAGCAGAGAAAACAGUACUGUUGACUUCAGCAAGGUUGACAUGAAUUUCAUGAGGAAAAUUCCUUCUGGAGCAGAGGCAUCUAAUGUUCUGGUGGGAGAAGUAGACUUUUUGGAAAGACCUAUAAUUGCGUUUGUGAGACUGGCUCCUGCUGUCCUUCUCUCAGGGUUGACUGAGGUCCCUGUUCCUACGAGGUUUUUGUUUCUGUUAUUGGGUCCAGCAGGCAAGGCUCCACAGUAUCAUGAAAUUGGCAGAUCAAUAGCUACUCUAAUGACAGAUGAGAUUUUUCAUGAUGUAGCUUAUAAAGCAAAAGACAGAAAUGAUCUCUUAUCUGGAAUUGAUGAAUUUUUAGAUCAAGUAACUGUCCUGCCCCCAGGAGAAUGGGAUCCUUCCAUACGCAUUGAGCCACCGAAAAGUGUUCCUUCUCAGGAAAAGAGAAAGAUUCCUGUAUUUGCUGAAUCUGCACCCAUGUCUGGUGAGAGUCCUAAGGAGGCUGCACACCAUGCUGGGCCUGAGCUUCAGAGGACUGGACGGCUUUUUGGUGGUUUGAUACUUGACAUCAAAAGGAAAGCACCUUUUUUCUUGAGUGACUUCAAGGAUGCAUUAAGUCUACAGUGCCUGGCCUCGAUUCUUUUCCUAUACUGUGCCUGUAUGUCUCCUGUAAUCACUUUUGGAGGGCUGCUUGGAGAAGCUACAGAAAACAGAAUAAGUGCAAUAGAGUCUCUUUUGGGAGCAUCAUUAACUGGGAUUGCUUAUUCAUUGUUUGCUGGGCAACCUCUAACAAUACUGGGAAGCACAGGUCCAGUUCUAGUGUUUGAAAAAAUCUUAUAUAACUUCUGCAAAGAUUAUCACCUUCACUAUCUAAAUUUAAGAGUCAGUAUUGGACUAUGGACUUCCUUCUUGUGCAUUGUUUUGGUUGCAACAGAUGCCAGCAGCCUUGUGUGUUAUAUUACUCGAUUUACAGAAGAGGCUUUCGCAGCUCUCAUCUGCAUCAUAUUCAUCUAUGAAGCUCUGGAGAAACUCUUUCAUUUAGGAGAAAUAUAUGCAUUUAAUAUGAACAAUAACCUAGAUAAACUGACCACCUAUUCAUGUGUAUGCGCGGAGCCUCCUAACCUUAACAAUGAAACUCUAGAGCAAAACAAUGUAACAGCACUGAAUAUUUCCUGGGAAAACCUUACUGUUUCUGAAUGUAAGACCUACCAUGGAGUGUUUGUAGGAUCAGCCUGUGGUCUUCAUGGGCCUUAUAUUCCAGAUGUGCUUUUCUGGUGUGUCAUUUUAUUUUUCACAACAUUCUUUCUGUCUUCAUUCCUCAAGCAAUUCAAGACCAUGCGUUAUUUUCCUACUAAGGUGCGGUCGACAAUCAGUGACUUUGCUGUAUUUCUCACAAUAGUAAUAAUGGUCGCAAUUGACUACCUUGUAGGAAUUCCAUCUCCUAAACUUCAUGUUCCUGAGAAAUUUCAGCCUACUAGUCCAGAUAGAGAAGGCUGGAUCAUAAGCCCCUUGGGGGGUAAUUAUUGGUGGACCUUACUGAUAGCUGCUAUUCCAGCUCUGCUUUGUACCAUUCUUAUCUUUAUGGAUCAACAAAUCACAGCUGUAAUCAUAAACAGAAAGGAACACAAAUUGAAGAAAGGAGCUGGUUAUCACCUUGAUUUGCUAAUGGUUGGUGUUAUGUUGGGAGUUUGCUCUGUCAUGGGACUUCCCUGGUUUGUGGCUGCAACAGUAUUGUCAAUAAGUCAUGUCAACAGCUUGAAAGUUGAAUCUGAAUGCUCUGCCCCUGGAGAACAACCGAAGUUUUUGGGAAUCCGUGAACAACGGGUUACAGGACUAAUGAUUUUCAUUCUAAUGGGCCUUUCUGUGUUCAUGACCUCAGUACUAAAGUUUAUUCCAAUGCCGGUUCUAUAUGGUGUUUUCCUUUAUAUGGGAGUUUCUUCAUUAAAAGGAAUCCAGUUUUUUGAUCGUAUAAAAUUGUUUGGAAUGCCUGCCAAACACCAGCCUGACCUGAUCUACCUCCGCUAUGUGCCGCUGUGGAAGGUGCACAUCUUCACCGUGGUCCAGCUCACCUGUCUGGUUCUGCUGUGGGUGAUCAAAGCUUCCGCUGCUGCAGUAGUGUUUCCCAUGAUGGUUCUUGCAUUAGUGUUUGUACGCAAGCUCAUGGACCUGUGUUUUACAAAGAGAGAACUUAGUUGGCUUGAUGAUCUCAUGCCAGAAAGUAAGAAAAAGAAAGAAGAUGACAAAAAGAAAAAAGAAAAAGAGGAGGCUGAGCGGAUGCUUCAGGAGGACGAAGACACUGUGCACCUUCCAUUUGAAGGAGGAAGUCUCUUACAAAUUCCAGUUAAGGCCUUAAAGUAUAGUAUUGACCCCUCCGUUGUUAACAUAUCAGAUGAAAUGGCCAGAACUGCACAGUGGAAGGCACUUUCCAUGAACGCUGAGAAUACGAAAGUGACCAAGCCUAACCUGAGCCCUGAAAAGCCUGUGAGUGUGACAAUAAAUUUUGAAGAUGAGCCAUCAAAGAAAUACAUGGAUGCUGAAACUUCAUUAUAGAAUUGAGCAAAGAAGAAUUAUAUAUGGAUAUAUAACUAUAUAUAUAAUGUGUGAUGUCACUAUGUAUAACUUGUAUGUCAUGUUAUUUAUACAUGACUGCUGGGUAUUUUGAAGUAGUCAUCUGAAACUUGUUAUGGGCACUAUGGAGACUAUAUGUUAAUAUAUUGGUCUCUUAGAAGUGAGGUACAUUCAAAUAUUUAUUUUGUUGGAAAAAAAUGCUUUUCUGUUAUGCUAUAGAAUGAUAUGGAGAAGACAUUUAAUCUGCUUUUCUUAAAUCUCUUUGUUUUCCUCAGUGGCAGUUACAGCAGCCUUAAGAGAUACCUGUUCAUAAUUUUUACUUGCGUUUCUAAAAACAUUCAUGUGUUCGGUCACGUUUGUCAGUGCUUUCUAGGGAGAGCAGGGAAUGGAUCUUUGUUGAUGAUACAGGGGAAACCGUGUGUCCUGAUUUCUCUUGUGUCUCUAUUUUUGUGGAUACCAUCAUUCUGCACAAGAGGUGGCAUUUUUUUGGCCAUAGAGGUCAGUGUCAGAGUAGAAACUUUCUGGAUAGGAAUUAUGGUUUUUAUUCAUGAUUUUUAGGAAUU